GCGCGGCCAAUCCCGGGGCCGGCUGCCCGGCCCACUGGAGCCUCCCCCCGGGCGUCGGCCGACGCGGCGCAGACUCGCGGCUAGCCUUGGCGGCGUCACCCCUACAGAGUCAUCCCCUCCAAGCCAGGCUCCCCGCCGGCUCCCCGCCGGCCCUGCCGUCCCGGGCCAUGGCACAGAGCGGGCCUCCAGCCCCCGAGGAGAACCUGCAAGGCUCUUGGGUGGAGCUCCACUUCAGCAGUAAUGGCGGAGGCCCCAGCCCGGUGGCACCAGCCUCCAUCUCGGCCUAUAACGGCGACAUGGAGAAGAUCCUUCUGGACGCCCAGCACGAGUCAGGACGCAGCAGCUCCAAGAGCUCCCACUGCGACAGCCCUCCCCGCUCUCAGACCCCCCAGGACACCGCCCGGAUGUCGGAGGCGGACACUCACAGCAUCGGGGAAAAGAACAGCUCCCAGUCGGAGGAAGACUACAUGGAGAGGCGGAAGGAAGUCGAGAGCAUCUUGAAGAAGAACUCGGACUGGAUCUGGGACUGGUCCAGCAGGCCCGAAAACGUGCCCCCAAAGGAGUUCCUCUUCAAGCACCCCAAGCGCUCGGCCACCCUGAGCAUGCGGAACACGAGCGUCAUGAAGAAGGGGGGCAUCUUCUCGGCCGAGUUUCUCAAGGUCUUCCUCCCGUCCCUGCUGCUCUCGCACUUCCUCGCCAUUGGCCUCGGGAUCUACAUUGGCAGACGCCUCACCAGCUCCGCCAGCACCUUCUAGGGCUCGCCAGGCCAGCGCCUCGGAGGAAGGCCAUCCGUCCACGCAUCCCUAGCUCAGCAGGAGGAGAGGGGCAGCGUCCGGUGGCUCUUGAGCCCUUUCCCGUCCCAGACUUGGAUGGAAUCCCUCAGAACACGUGAAUCUGAAGCUCCGUGUACAAAAUACAUCAUAGUGUCGGGGUCACGGAGGCCCCCCAACCCCGCUCUCCGCUGUUCUGCCGGGCGGACUUCCUGAAAAUGGGGAAAGGAGGAAGCCCACCAGGCGGUCCACUUGCUCGAGAUGCUCUACGAUGCUGAUGUGUGGCGUCUCCCACCGUCCUCUCCCCUUUCCCCAGAUGCGGGCCCCAGAGAGCUGCCCCCCACCAAGCCUGCCCGCUUCCCUGUGCUGAUUUCACAUCCUUGUGCCCUGCCCAAUGUCUCCCACAGUGAUGAUAGGGCCGCAAUGGGAGUGAUUCUUUGUGGCCAAACCCUUCAGAGGAGCCAGCCUGGGCUGCGACCAGUCACCGGCGUCCAGGAGCCCUGGAGGGGGUCGGGCCUUCCCUGCUCUCCUCUCUGUCCCCGUUCUUUUGGGCUGGAACAAACACGACCUUUUCAUUUAAAAGGGUCUGUCCCAGCCUUCCUGGCCACGUGGGUGAUGGCCUCCUCAGCCCAAGAAGGGGGGCGGCUCUCCUGGGUCCAGCCACGGAGGGGCGGCAUAUGGACGCAGCAGCUCCCUCUCUCUGUUAGGUCCUUAACGAGAAACAAAAGUAUUUCUGCUAAAUGAACACCAGAACCAUGGCCAGUGGGAGAUGGUCAGCCCCUGGAGUCCCUCACCUCUGCAGAGGAGGGCAGAUGGAGGGAGCCAAAGACACCGAAGGGCUCUGACCCCAGGAGGGGGCCCUGGAACAGACCCUGAAGGGAGCCGGAGCUGGAACCUGGAAGAGCAGUCUGCAUCUUCCCGUCGAUCUCAGCUAGGGAACCAUCUCCAUCAAUCUUAGCAGUCCUGAAAGAUAAGCGAGAGCUCAGGUCUGACAGUUUCCACUGAAUGCCCCAAGAGGAAGGGCCGCCCUAGCUCCUCCAGGGACUGAAGCGUGAGGAUAGAGAGUUCUCCCCACCAAAGCCUUGGCACCAUCCACCCAGCUGCCAUCAGAAAGGGCUGAGAAGACCCCAGGAGAACAGCCCCUGAGGCUAGGAAUAUGGCAACCACGUCCAUGAUGAACAACCCCAUCCCACAUUUCUAUUCCAGCCCGAUUCUCCACCCUUAAUCCCUCUAAAGCCCCCACCCCUUCCCCUGGGCUCUGUGGAAUGCCCUCGGUCUGUGGCUCUGGCUAGACCACAGCCUUGAUGGGCAGCCUUUCCAGCACUCAACCUGUCUGUCCUCACCAGUCAUGUGGGGGAGCUGGAAUCCUCCUGGCUCCCUUCUACCCCAUCACUUGGUGAUCUCUCCUUCCAGAACUAGCAUCUGAUCAGCAUUAGGGAGCUCCAGGAUCCCCCUCUUUUCCUCAGUGAGUUCGGUGUCUCUCUCCUGCACCCAUACCAGAGGGCUGAUGCUCCCUUUAUCCUCCACUUCAUUGUGCCUCCUGAUCUCCUCCACAACCCCAGAGACACCCAGACAGGGAUGAGCACCAUCUCGCCCUCACCCACAAGGGCCACACUUGGAUGAAGUCUCCUGAUCCUUUACGGAUCUCUUGUCAUUCUGCCUCUCCCUGUGCCUGGUAGCCCCAACUCUUUGUCCUACCCAGUCCUGCCAAGCCUCAGUUCCUGCCCAGGCCAUCGUUUUUGUUCAGGCUACACUACCCAUCUUCCCCACCUUGACCCGUUGGUGAAGCUGUUCAUCUUCCCUCCAGUCUCUGGGCUCCUUAUCUUGUCGAGGAUUUGCCCUGCUAAGCCCCAGCCUUGGGUCACUCCUCUUCCUGUGCUGUUGAAUGAAAAUCAUGCCAUUGGGCUGCCUGCACUGUAAUGGGCACCGUUCUGCAGGCGGGGUAUAGAAGGGCCCAGAAGAGGUGCUUGCCUUCAAGGAGCCCACAGUCUAAUAGGAGACAUACAACAACUACUAAUACGUAUUGCAUGAAAGCACUGGUAGAGCUGAUGGAUUGGCCUAUUGACCACCUUGGGCAGGCAGAGAGGGAGAAAAUCUGAAUCACAAAAUGUCAGUCAUCAAAAAUGGUUUCUUUGGAUCACUGAAAAAAAACGUUAACAAAAGCCACGAAUAUUGUGCAAACUUCUUCGAUCCAGAGGGCCGAGUGGAAUUAGAAGGAAUCUGUUGGUUGCCUCCUGAAAGAAACCCCAAAUGAAAACUCUCAGAUAUACUCCGGGCAAGAUCCAGAGUUUUCAGAUCAAAGAAAGAAUGCUUGGAGCCGACUGAAAGGAUUCAGAUACCCAAGAGCCACAGUCAGGGUUAUAUAGAAUUUAGCAGCCACCACUGUGAAGGAGAGAAGAGCUUGGAAAAGAUAAAGGCAACGGGCCACUGUCCAAUAAUAACUCACCCAACCCAGGAAAACGGACUCUCAUUCUAUAGGGGAACAAAUAGGAGGUUAUUGGCAUCUCAGAGGUCUUUCAAGCUUUCCUGAUGAAAAGAUCAGAAUUGUGUAGACAUUUUGAAGUUCAAACACAGGAGUUUAGAAAGACAUAAAAAGGUCAUCAUGAAUGAACAAUAAUGGGGCAACGAGGUGGUUCAGUGGAUAGAGAGUCAGGCUUGGAAGUCCUGCCAUUCAAAUUUGGCCUUAGAUACUGCCUAGCUGUGUGACCCUGGGCAAGUCACUUAACCCCCAUUGCCCAGCCCUUACCGCUCUUCUGCCUUGGAACUGAGGAUAGCACUCCUAAAUCUGGGGAAUGCUAUUGUCGUCUAAGAGGGGGGUAGUUUCAGAGAGACCUGGGAAGGCCUGUAUGAACGGAUGGAGAGUGAGGGAACCAGGAGAACAAUGCAUGCAGAGAAGAACAGCUGGAGGAGGAGGAGCUCUACCCAGUCUGAUGACCCGCCAGGACAGCAUGAAGGGACGCAUUCAGCGAGUGAGACAUGGAUGCCCGGAGCAAGAUUUAGAUGUGGCCAAUGCCGAGGCGUGUUUGCUUUACUGUACAUAUCUGUAACAAUGACUGUUCCUUUUGUUCUCAAUGGGGGUGGCGGGAGGGGGGGGGAUUUUUCCUGAUUGAAAAAAUAAAAAUAAAAAGUUGAAAAGA